GGGUUUGCGAGCUGCCCCGGGGCGCGGGUGCCAGGACCUUCUGCCUUCAGAGCAAGCACAGCCUGCUGGGCGCCGAGGAUACAGGCGGCUUCAGGAGGCACAGGGGACCUCGAGACUCGAGAGCAGGGACCCGCAGGGCGGGUUAUGCUGGAGGCUGAGACCACCCACUGCGGACACUCGGGCCAUCACACACCCAGGAUAGUGCCAUGGGGGACUCACAGGAGGAUUACGAAGAGGGGUUGGAGGAGAUAAUGGGGCCGGAGGAAUAUGAAGACCCGGGGCUCCCCGUGCCCCAGGUGGUGGUGGAGGAGACGGCAGUGUAUGUCGCCGAACAGACAGUCACUGAAAUUCAGAAGACAUCACAGCCAGGCACCCACGAGGUCUACGUGGAGCUGCAGGAGCUGGUGAUGGACGAGAAGAACCAGGAGCUGCGCUGGAUGGAGGCAGGGCGCUGGUUGCGGCUAGAGGAGAACCUGGGCCCAGACGGGGCGUGGGGCCGCCCACACCUCUCCUACCUCACCUUCUGGAGCCUCCUGGAGCUGCAAAGGGCCUUCGCCAAGGGCUCUGUCCUCCUAGAUCUGCAGGAAACCUCCCUGGCGGGGGUGGCCAACCAGCUGCUGGACAGAUUUGUCUUUGAGGAGCAGGUCCGGCCUCAAGACCGGGAUGAGCUGCUGAGGGUCCUGCUGCUGCAACACAGCCAUGCCAGAGACCUGGCGGCCCUGGGCGGUGUGAAGCCCACGGUGGUGACGCGUUCCGGGGAGCCCUCACAGCCCCUGCUCCCCCAGAGCCCGUCUCUGGAGACCCAGCUCUUCUGCCAACAGGGCGAGGGGGGCCCCGAGGGACGCUCGUCAUCAGGAGUCCUGGAGAAGCUCCCCCCGGACUCAGAGGCCACGUUGGUGCUCGUGGGCCGCGCUGCCUUCCUGGAGCGCCAGGUGCUGGGCUUCGUGAGGCUGCGGGAGGCUGUGGAUCUGGAGGCCAUGGAGCUGCCGGUGCCCGUGCGCUUCCUCGUCGUGCUGCUGGGCCCUGAGGACCCUCAUACCAACUACACACAGCUGGGCCGGGCGGCCGCCACCCUCAUGUCCGAGCGGGUGUUCCGCACAGACGCCUACCUGGCCCAGAGCCGGGGGGAGCUGGUGCGCAACCUGGAGGGCUUCCUGGACUGCAGCCUGGUGCUGCCUCCCACCGACGUCCCCUCGGAGCAGGCCCUGCUCAGCCUGGUGCCCUUACAGCAGGAGCUGCUGCGGAGGCGGUACCUGCCCAGUGCCGCCCAGCCGGACCCCAGCUUCUACAAGGGCCUCGACCUCGGUGGGGGCCUAGGAGCUGCCGGGGACGCAGAUGACCCUCUGCAGCGCACAGGGCACUUCUUCGGGGGCCUGGUGCGUGACAUCCGGCGCCGCUAUCCCCACUACCUGAGCGACAUCACGGACGGAUUCAGCCCCCAGGUCCUGGCUGCUGUCAUCUUCAUCUACUUCGCUGCCCUGUCACCUGCCGUCACGUUUGGGGGCCUCCUGGGAGAGAAGACCCAGAACCAGAUGGGGGUGUCAGAACUGCUCAUCUCCACAGCCGUGCAGGGCAUCCUGUUCGCGCUGCUGAGUGCGCAGCCGCUACUGGUGGUCGGUUUCUCGGGCCCCCUGCUCGUGUUUGAGGAGUCCUUCUACAAGUUCUGUAAUGACCAAGGUCUGGAGUAUAUUGUGGGCCGCGUGUGGGUCGGCUUCUGGCUCAUCCUGCUGGUGAUGCUGGUGGUGGCCUUCGAGGGCAGCUUCCUGGUCCGCUUCAUCUCCCGCUACACCCAGGAGAUCUUCUCCAUCCUCAUCUCCCUCAUCUUCAUCUUUGAGACCUUCAAAAAUCUGCUCAAGAUCUUUCAAGAACACCCACUGCAGAAGAAUUAUCAGCACAAUGUGAAUGUGGUACCCAAGCCAGAGGCCCCUUUGCCCAACACAGCACUGCUCUCUCUUGUGCUCAUGGCUGCGACCUUCUUCUUGGCCAUGAUGCUGCGCAAGUUCAAGAACAGCUCCUACUUCCCUGGCAAGCUGCGACGGGUCAUUGGGGACUUCGGGGUUCCUAUCUCCAUCCUGAUCAUGGUUGUGGUGGACACCUUAAUCCAGGACACCUACACGCAGAAACUCAGCGUGCCCAAAGGUCUCACCGUGUCCAACUCCUCAGCCCGGGGCUGGGUCAUCCAUCCGCUGGGCUUGCACUCCCAGUUCCCCACCUGGAUGAUGUUCGCCUCUGCCCUACCUGCCAUGCUCGUCUUCAUCCUCAUCUUCCUUGAGUCCCAGAUCACCACGCUGAUCAUCAGCAAACCCGAGCGCAAGUUGAUCAAAGGCUCCGGCUUCCAUCUGGACCUGCUACUGGUUAUGGGCAUGGGCGGGUUGGCCGCCCUUUUUGGGAUGCCCUGGCUCAGCGCCACCACCGUGCGCUCCGUCACCCACUCCAAUGCCCUCACCGUCAUGGGCAAAGCCAGCAGUCCCGGGGCGCCCGCGCAGAUCCAGGAGGUGAAAGAGCAGCGGAUCAGCGGGCUCCUGGUCUCCCUGCUUGUGGGCCUGUCCAUCCUCAUGGGGCCCAUCCUGUCCCGCAUCCCGGUGGCCGUGCUGUUCGGCAUCUUCCUCUACAUGGGGGUCACCUCACUCAGCGGCAUCCAGCUCUUUGACCGGAUCCUGCUUCUAUUCAAGCCACCCAAGUACCACCCGGAUGUACCCUUCGUCAAGCGGGUGAAGACCUGGCGCAUGCACCUGUUCACGGCCAUCCAGAUCAUCUGCCUGGUCGUGCUGUGGACAAUCAAGACCUUCCCCACCACUUCCCUGGCGCUGCCCUUCAUCCUCAUCCUCACCGUGCCCCUGCGGCGUCUCCUGCUGCCGCUCAUCUUCCGGAACCUGGAGCUCCAGUGUCUGGAUGCUGACGAUGCCAAAGCCACCUUUGACGAGGAGGAAGGUCAGGAUGAGUACGACGAGGUGCCUAUGCCCGUGUAAAGGAGGCCGCAGGCCCCUGGUGCCCCCUACCAACCUGCCUGCCACUCUCCCAGGAAAAGCAGAAGUUCAGGGGCACUUCCUGGGCCCUCCGAUCCCUUCCAGAACCACAGCUGA